AUGAAGAGCAAGUGGAUAGAACUUGUGGUAGAGAUCACGAUUUUAAUCAUAGGACUUCUUGGAAACGUAUUUGUCCUCAUUAUAGUCCAUAAGAAACAAAGCAGAAAAACAGUUCAUGGAACGUUUGUAGCCAGUCUGGCCAUUGCGGACUUGUUGUUGCUGUGUUUAGACUCGCCUAAAUCCAUUUUAGGUAGGUUUGACGUAACCUCAAGCACGUUCAACUGCAACUUAAGUCUAAGUUUUGUUACAACAGCCUACAAUGCAGGACUUUUUACAAUCACAUCCAUGGCGAUUCAUCGGUGUCACGUUGUUACCCAGCCAUGGAAGAAAAAGCUAGGACAUAAAAGAGGUGCAAUUUGGGUGUCUCUUAUAUGGUUGACUGCUUUUAUUUUCGUCAUUCCACUUAUUGUGGUGAAUAAACCUGUGGAAAAUAGAUGUGAAGAAGACUGGCCUUCAAUUGGCUAUCGCCAAGCAUACACUGCAUUACUAACGACUGUACAAUACAUACUGCCGCUACUUAUAACAGCGACCUGUUACAUACGAAUAUGGCUGUUCUUACGCAGGAGACCUGUUAUGCCACGAAAUAAUAAAAGAGGAAAAAGCCUCGCGACUGAAGAAGAAAGCCACAAAGAGGGUGCAGUGAUACUCAGAAGUGUUGCAGUGAUCGUUUUGUUGUUUUUAACUUGUUUACUGCCAACUCAAAUUGCCUGGAUGUUGCAGGAUUUCAGACAUGUUUCGUACGAUGAGCUGUGGUCUGCAUCAGAAAUCCUGACAAGGUUACAUAGCUGCUUAAAUCCGGUUGUGUACGGUGUCAUGAACAAACAAUAUCGUCGUACCUACAUCGAAUUGUUAUCCUCCAUGUUCUGCUCUUGUCGUUCCUCCAAUCAAUCCUCUUCAAGCCUCAAACUGAUGCCACGACAGCUGUCACUUCGAAGUCACGCGACAAGUAAGACCACCUGUACUGAGUUACAGGCGCGUCCUGUCAGAGAGAGCAACCGGAAACAAAGUGUAGGAAAUUCGACUGCGGUAGAAAAUCCUUUCAAACUCAGUAUCAUAAAGUGA